AUGGCUCCUAAAUCCUCUAUGGUGUCCGGCGGGAAACUGCCUCGGGCGGACCGUGAGUUUCCCGACAUCAACACGCUGAAGCAGGCCAUCCCCAAGCACUGCUUCCAACCUCCGGCCCUGCGAUCCAUGUGGUACCUGGUCCGCGAUGUCAUUAUGGCCCUCUCUCUAGGCUGGGCGGCCGUCCGCUUCAUCCCCGAGAUCCCCUCGCCCGCCGGCCGUGCGGCCGCCUGGAUCAUCUACGGCUUCGUCCAAGGUCUCGUCUGCACGGGCAUCUGGAUCCUGGGACACGAGGGUGGCCACGGAGCCUUCUCCAUGUACCCUAAGCUCAACGACGCCGUCGGCUUCUUCGCCCACUCGGUCCUUCUGGUCCCCUACUUCUCGUGGAAGUUCUCGCACCACCGUCACCACCGCUACACCGGCCACAUGGAGAAGGACAUGGUGUUUGUGCCCCGCACCCGUACCGAGUACCUGAAGAGCAAGUUCCGUGUCGAGUACCUCGAGGACACGCCCGCCUACCAGGCCAUCAAGCUCCUCUUCCACCAGACCUUGGGCUGGGGCUCCUACCUGUUCAUCAACAGUACUGCCGGCCCGGACAGCCUCCAGCGUCCUUCCAAGAGUCUCUUCGACCUCAGCCACUUUGACCCUACCAGCGCCGUCUUCCGUCGCAGCGAGGGCCCUUACAUUCUCCUGUCUGACCUUGGUAUCGCCAUGACCUUUGGUGCCCUCUACAUUCUCUCGCGCUACGUUGGCACCUCGACGACUGUUCUUCUCUAUGCUCAGGCCUACUUCUGGGUCCACCACUGGCUCGUCGCUAUCACUUACCUCCACCACACCCACGUCGAGGUGCCCCACUACGACCGCGAGAACUGGACCUACGUUAAGGGUGCCCUGGCCACUGUCGACCGCGAGUUUGGCUUUGUCGGACGUCAUCUCUUCCACGGCAUCAUUGAGCACCACGUCAUCCACCACCUCUUCCCUCGCAUUCCCUUUUACUACGCCGAGGAGGCCACCGAUGCCAUCAAGCCCAUCCUUGGCGACCUCUACUACCGCGACGACAGGAACUUCCUCGGUCAGCUCUGGUCCAACUUCACUAGCCUCAAGUUCGUCGAGCCCGAUAUGUCGGCCUCCCCUGGCGUCCUUAAGUGGGCCACCAAGACGGAUUGA